AUUUUUUAAAGAUCAUUAAAUGUAUUCGCAGGUACUGCCACCUAUUGAAAAAUGAGAAAAAUAUGAAUUAGUAUUUGUUACGAGGGUGGUUCGAUAAAUUCGACAAUAAAGAUUUGUAAUAAAAACAGUAUUUGGAAUUUGAUAGGAAUUAUGUGUUGAAAAAUUUAUUUUAAAAUGUAAGUUGUUUUGAUAAAUUUACGAAAACAACUAGUAGGUAUUUUAGUUAUAAUUAGAACAUAACCUAAAGUAAUUACGCCAACUGGUCACUUAAACUGUUACGAGGGUAGUUCGAUAAAUUCGAAAAUAAAAAUUUAUAAUAAAAACAGUAUUUUGAUACAAGUUUAUAUUGGUGGACAACUUUCUGGAAUACGUUCAUUUUUUUUGUAGUUUAUGCAUCAAAAUUAUUCAUACAAAGCAUAGAAAUAUGUUAUAUUAGGAUAUAUAAUACGAGGUAUGAUAAAAAAACUACGUUUCAUUAAAAAAUAAGUUCGAAGUACUUAAUUGGAUAUCAAAGGUAAUAUUCGAAAAUUGACUAGAAGCGUUUUUAAAAGGUUUCUUUUUAAUUUCAAGAAAUUUAUCAUCAUCAUCAUUAAUAAACAGCCAGUGACGUCAAUUGUUAGACUUAGACAUCCCUUAAUAUUUGCCACUGUGCAAUUGUCAUCUAACUGAGUGAAAAUGAAAUGAAAUUUAAAAAUUCGUCGAAUUUGCGCGGCGCCUUUUAUCCGUUUUUUAUAAAUGGCGGACGCGCCUUUGAUAUUUCCCUUUAGAACUUUUUUUAAUUUCUUAUUUUUAACAUUAACGUCAUUUCAGGAUCUCCUUUUGUUAUUUUUGAUAUAAAUCGAGUUUUAAUAUAUUUUUUAAUUCAAUAUAUCAACACCCUGUACGUAUUAUUAUAGAAGAAAUCGCGCGACUCAAUUAUCUAAAUUACCAUUAUUAAAAGUCACCUUUUGUGAGUGUUACAUACGAAUAUACCUGACCACCACACGCUUGCGUAAAAUUAUAAGGCCGGACGCGUCGUUUUCCAACGUCUCGACGCCGUUUUUCGCUUCAGUAACCGAGAUAUAUUUCAGAUAGACGCGUAUUUCAAGCUCGUCACCGCGUCGAUUGGAAAAUAACGCGACCGAUCUACAAACCGCUAUUUUUUUUUCUUACACAAACGACAAGUGUUUUUUCAACAACCAAUAAAAUGAUGGAUUUUUUAUCAUCGAACUGUACCUGUAUAAAGGGUGGGAAAAGGGCGGUAAUAAAUUACGAAUAUUCAGAUAGCGAUACGAAAUCUGUAUCGGAUAUUGAAUUAAGAGCAUCCAGUGAACAGCCGGAAUCUGCGAAAAAAACCAAACAGAAUAGUUGCUGGAAAUUGAAAAGGUGCAUACCGAGGACCGUACUGAAAUGGUUCGGACAAGACGACGAUAUGAGCAUGACGAAAAUAGAAAAAACCAUCAAAGCCUCAUUACUAAUCCAAAAAUGGUAUAGGCGAUACAUGGCACGAUUGGAAGUUAGAAGAAGAUACACUUGGACAAUUUUUCAAACAUUAGAAUACGCAGGGGAACAAGAUCAAGUCAAGUUGUACAAUUUUUUCAAUGCUCUAUUGACACACAUUCCUCAAACGGAACGGGAAAUCGACUCAACCAACUCCAAAAAUGCUUCAUUAGAAAACCUAAAUUUAGAAUUCGAAGACGAAUCGCCGGACGAAGAAUACUACGAGCCGGAAGACAAGAAAAAAUUAUUACAUUAUCAUUUGGAAUAUCCCUAUACGGAAAAAGCCCUCAUACAACUAAUAGAGAUUUUCCGAAAACAUCGACAUUAUCGUUUACCUCCGAAAGAUGUCGCUGAGAUUUUGAGAAGAUCGAUUAUUUGUUUAAAAAAAUUGCCCAACGUGAACGUCGCCUCUACAGGCAUAACGAAACAAUUGACCGUAUGCGGGGAUUUACAUGGUAAAUUCGACGAUCUCUUGGUCAUCUUACAUAAGAACGGUCUUCCUUCAAUCGACAAUCCAUACGUUUUCAAUGGAGACUUUGUAGACAGGGGAAAACGGGGCUUAGAAGUGUUUCUAAUUUUACUUUUAUGUUUAUUGGCAAUACCUGGAGCUGUGUACCUCAACAGAGGUAACCACGAAGACAUUAUUAUGAAUCAAAGGUACGGAUUCAUCAGAGAAGUACAAUCUAAAUACAAGAAAAAUCACGAAAAACUUCUUAGACUCAUCGAAGGGGUCUACAGGUAUCUUCCACUUGGUACUAUAGUUAAUAAUAAGGUACUAAUAGUUCACGGGGGGAUUUCUGAUAUAACUGACUUGGAUAUGAUCAAAGGCUUAGAUAGAGGGAGGUAUGUAUCUUUGUUAAGGCCCCCGUUAACUGACAGCUCAGCUCCUGGUGCUGAAGUUAUAGAUAAAGUCGAAUGGAAACAGGUUUUCGAUAUACUUUGGUCGGAUCCGCAAGAAAAUAAAGGCUGCAUUCCGAAUAAUCUUAGGGGCGCGGGCACAUAUUUCGGACCGGACGUGACGAAAAAAUUUUUAAACGAAAACAAAUUGCAAUACAUCGUCAGAUCGCACGAAUGCAAACCAGACGGAUACGAAGUUUGCCAUAAUAAUUCGGUAAUUACAAUUUUCUCGGCAUCGAAUUAUUACGAGGUUGGAUCUAACAACGGCGCUUAUUUAAAACUUAUGGGUCCCGAACUAGAUACCCAUUUCGUUCAAUACAUGGCGAAUUCCGGUCGACGAAAACUCAACCUCUACCAAAGGAUGGGUCUCGUCGAAUCGGGAGCUUGCAAGGAAUUGAAAAUGCAAAUCAUGAACAACAAAAUUCGAUUAGAAGAGGCUUUCGCUGAAGCCGAUCCGGAAAGCACAGGAUAUAUAUCGAUCACUCAAUGGUGCGUAGCGUUGGAAAACAUCACCGGAUUGCAACUCCCUUGGAGAAUGCUAAAAGAUAAAUUGGUUACGGUUGAUCCGGAAACGAACAAAGUCAAGUACCAGACGACGUUCGACGUCAAAAACGAAAAACUAAACUCCGUUCAAGGUGCUCAUUCAGUUGUAGAAACAUUAUAUAGAAACAAGAGCAGUUUAGAAGCCAUAUUCCAUAUUAUCGACAAAGAUAAAUCGGGUUAUAUCAGUUUGGAAGAAUUCACCGACGCUUGUAAUUUGAUUAAACAACACAUGCCGUGCCCGGUAACGCACGAACAACUCGAAGACAUGUGCAGAUUGAUGGAUUUGAAUAAGGACGGUCAAGUCGAUCUUAACGAAUUUUUGGAAUCUUUUCGAAUGGUCGAUCCGCAAUCGAGGACGAAAUCGACUAUGGAAUCUCCGGAAAUGGCCCGCGAACCUUCCAAAAAUGAGACCAAAUCUAACGAAAAAGACGGUAACAAUAAAGUGAACGGUACAAUAAAUAUAAAGGAAGAUACGAACAUAAAAGUACAAGUCGAUAUUCAUCCAAAGAUGGAAAUCAACGGUACCGAACAGGAAACUUUAACUAUCCACAAAAACAGUCUCAAGAUGUCUCCUGUAUUGAGCACUCGCAGGGGAUCACAAAUAUAAAUAUUUAUUAUACUCAUAUCUUUUUAUAAGGAAAAUGGGAUCAAUAUUUAACCAUUAAAUUCUACUUUACUUGGUAUGUAGCAUUUAAGUAUGAUGUAUUUAAUCGUUUAUCAUGGUUGUCAAUUUUAUUAUACGCUUAUUAAGUACAUAGAUAAAUAAGAAAAAUCAGUGAAAAUACGGAAAACUAAUUAUUCACUUUUUAAUAAUCGAUACGAGGGUUAAAUCAUUAUUAAUAGUUACAAUAACAAAAAAUGUGUUUAUACUAAUUCAUUUACAUUUUUUUUUCUAAUAACGCGGUUGAAAUCAUUGUCUGAUAGGUAUUUAUAUUAAAGAUUGAAUAACUAGUUGAAAGAAUGGGAUGAAAUUACGCAAUUUAAGAAAAAAAUCACUUACAAUUGAAUUAAGACCAAUAUACAUCAAUAUUGCUUAGAUUAGAUAAUUAAUAUAAACAAAAUCAUAUAUAAACUUAUGAAAAUUAUAAAAUAUAACCUCGAAUUUAUCAAAUAGUUAAUUGAAAUUAUAGAACAAGUUAUUUUUUCCAGUACAUAACCUCAAAUAUUCUAUUUGAGAUAAAAUAAAAUAUUCUUGAUCAUAUUUGGAACAAUUCUACUACUAAACAUCAAUUUUUAUAUCAAGUAAAUCUGAUUUAUAAAUAUUGUGGAUAUGCAUCUCCAUCGUAAAAUCUAUUAUAACAUCCAGUGGGGUAUAAGUACAACAGGAAUCAUCAAAACUUAUACUACAACGGCUGUGGAAAUCUCAACUUCACCUUGCUACUUAUAAUGGUGAAAAUAAUGAGAUACUGAGGGUGUAUUCUGAGCAUGCUAAUGAACAGAAAUCGUAGAAUAUCUAAAGAAAGCUUCUUAAAGAGAUUCCACACAGAAUAUAGUGGAGGAAUACCAUUAAAUGAUACCCAGGUGGUCUGAAAAUAAAUAUAGGACUGUAAAUACCCUUCCGGAAGCUUUUGAAAACUAUUUGUACAUAUAGUGGUGAAAGUAAUGAAAUACUGACGGGGUAUUAAGAGAAAAAGAACUUUCCCCUUACAAAUUUAUAAACAGGAAUCCUGGAUUAAGUCUGGAAAGCUUCUUAUAGAAAUUCCAUCCAGAAUAUAGUGGAAGAAUACCAUUAAAUGAUACCCAGGUGGUGCAAAAGCUUGUUAAAACCACAUACUACAUAUAAUGGUGAUAAUAAUGAGAUUCUAAGGGGUUUUUUGAAAAAAAUAACUCCCCUUUUACAAAUUUGUAAACAGGAAUCUUGGAUUAAGUCUGGAAAACUUCUUAAAGGAAUUCCAUAAGGAAUAUAGUGGAAGAAUGCCAUUAAAUGAUAACCAGGUGGUCCAAAAAUAAAUAUAGGAAUGUACAUACCCUUCCGGAAGCUUGCGAAAACUUCCAUUUGGUAAUUAACAAAAUUGGAAGAUGCAUCCUUUAGAAAUAGAGUCAGAAGGUAAAAUUUAGUUCCAGUCAUGGCUGAGCUCAUUGAGAAACAGCAACAUGAUUGUGAAAACAUUCUGGAAAGAAGUGGAAGCAAUUAGAGUUUAAUUUGGUCCUGUCUGGUCGUAAAAUAUCACCAUUAUCCUAAAUUCGCUUGUUGAGUGUUGAGUGUAAUCCACUACAAAGUCCAGAUUCAUCUUUGAAGUAUUGAUCGCACCUUUGGAGAUGGACUCUUAAAUAUACCCUGAGGAUGCUGGACUCGAUACCGAAGAGAACAAUUCGACUUGUAGGCGAUCCAGAGUUGACCAGAAAGUGACCUGACUACCACCUACAGAAGUUCUGGAUCAAUAUCCACAAGGGGUUUUUGAGUUCUAUAAAUUUUAUGGGUUUAUAUACGAGAUGUAGUGUUUUAGAGAAUUCGCUUAACUAUAUUUCUAAUAUCUACAACAUAUCUUUGAAAAUAAAAAAAAAGUUUACGCUUCUUCUAUUAAAAUCAAAUCUGUAAAAUUUUUCUCUAUUAAAUGUUGUUGUAAAAAAAA